AUGAGUACCCCCAAUCACCAUUCCAGCACCGCCAACACCUCCGUCUUUGGGAACAGCUUCCGCAUACGCACCCAAGUAACUGAGGCUUUACUGCGUUUUGAUUUGCCUUCACAGUUGGAACGACAUCAACGAGGCAUGUUUAGAAACCUCAUAGUGCCACAGACGACCCCUGCGAUGCCCUCUCGAGCGCCUGAGCCGAGCCAUCGGCAUGGAGCGCCUUCAGGGCCUUGGCCUUUUCUUGACAUUGACGAUGAGAUUGAGGCUGAUCGAUCGGAGGGCCCAGAAAGUGACUCGCCAAUGUCGGCGUCCCCUUGUAAUCACGUAAAGGGGACAGAAGACGAUGUGUGUUGGUGCAAAUACCCUCAAUCUCUCUUCCCGAAUUGGACGCCGAGGCAGCAGAAGAAAAGCAAGAUUGCCAAGGUGGUGGAGAAAUCUACAGGGCUGUGUACUGUCCAUUGUGUGGAUGUGCAACAGGAUGGGAUCUUCGUUCCCGCAGGGGUCUACGAGGUCAAGGAGUCAAACGUUGAUGAAUAUUGGGGGGCUAUUUUGCGAGGGCGUCCCGAAGGUGUACGAUGUCGAGCAUUAUUCGUCGACCACCUCAACGGGCCCGUGUUACAGAUGCUCGGCACGAGAUACAACAUUGAGCCUUUCUACUUCUCUUCUUCACUCGGUUGGAUACCCUCUCGAUAUCAGUCAAACACCGUUUCUGGAGUUGGCGACCAUAUCACCAUUACACUGACAUUUGCAAGAACGAUGCGUAACCCAACCACGGCCCCGCCAAGUCCCAACUCAAGUAUCCGUUCCGGUAGCACCACUGACAAGCUCGCACACGAGCCGUCAGCCAUGAUGAUUGAUACACAUGCGCCACUGCCGCUGCAGUCCAAUGACAUACUCAUUGUUCCCGACCUUCUCGCUCUGCACAUGGUCCGAUCUGAGCAAGAGAACACCAUCAUCUCCUAUCACCCUGGCCACGACCAUCGAACAACCACUGCUGAGGCCCUUCACCGUCGUUUCGCGUUGACUGGGCGCUCGUCUCUCGCGAUUCUUCACAAUCACUCCCGGUUAACAGGAUUGCAGGAAUCCCAAGUCUUAAUAACGAAUGACACGAACCUCACCCACGAACUUCAUGCAAUACGAGCACAUCUGCUACACUACCAAGCUUUGCUCGACGAUUUCCGCAAGACUAUUACGUUUAUUGAGCAAACUCCCUUCCCGGGUUUAAAUGAUCCGGUUCAAUACCCUCGACAAAGCAGAGAGACAUCACAGCAACUUUUGAAGACGGAAUCUGCAAAUUUGCUGCGAGAAAUCCAGCGGUUGCAGGACAGCAAGCAGCUACAAGAACGGCGGUUGAAGAAUGUCAUGAACCUUGCCUUCAGCAUGGUCAAUCUUGAAGAUAGCAGAUACACGCAGAAACUAACGGAAGCGUCUGUCCGAGAUAGCGCUGCCAUGAAACAAAUUGCCUAUCUCACCAUGUUCUUCUUACCAGCCACAUUCGUUGCUGGGAUAUUCGGGAUGAACGUCGGAGAAAUCAACCCAGGGACCAAGGGCACUCUACUCCACUUCUUCGCGGCUGUGAUUCCGUUGACGCUCAUAACAAUCUGGUUGAUUGUCGCCUACCAGAUCCAGGCUACCACUCCUCGAUUCAAGUUUGAUGGCGAUGAGGAUGAGGGCGCCGAGGCUGAAGGCUCGGAAAAGCGCUAUGGGCUGUAUGAUGGCACUACCCCGCCCAGAACACUCAGUUGGUUGACGAGGUUGUCCUGGCCUGUUGUGUUGGUCUCUUCUCUGUUCGAGAAAAAGGAUCGGAAGAAGAAGGGGGCGAAACUUGGGAAUCGAGAGCACUCCCCCUCUUCCUCUACUUGCAUAAUUGCUCUCGAAUCUCUGAAUUCAAACCGUGUAUUGACCCAUGCCCAACCCCCGUCUGUUGUUCUCGAGUUGAGAGAAGUACGCCAGUUGGCCCAAAUUGCCCUUCCUAAAGCGCCAGACCAUUUUGACGCUCGUGCCAACGACAACAAGACAAAAUUUCCCACUCCGGCGACUCGAGGCGAACUUCCCUCAUUCGCACCAAUUGGCGAUUUGGACGUCAACCACGUAUGCCGCCCCCUUUCUGCUUGCAGGCCGGUUUCUAAAUUACGCAGCCUUCAAGCUAGUAUUUGCGUGAACGACGCUGAAAUGCCUUCUCGACCCCGACAUAGACAUGCAACACCUUCAGGGCCUUGGCCUUUUCUCGACGUGGGCGAUGAGAUAGAUCCCGAGCAAUUAAAUGAUCCCGACAGUCACAUCCCCAUUCUUUCCUCCCCUUGCAUUCACGAGAAAUUCGAACAAGACGACGUGUGCUGGUGUAAAUACCCUCAGGCUCUAUUCCCGAACUGGACGCUGAGCCAGCAGAAAAAAAGCAAGAUUGUCAAGGUCAUAGAAAAGACCAAUGGAACAUGCACCAUAAAUUACGUUGAUGUGUUGAAAGAUGGCACUUUCGUCUCUAGACCAUCUCGGGACAUCGAGGAGGCCACUGUAGAUGCGUAUUGGGGGGUUAUACGGCGAAGGCGUUCCGAAGAUGUGCGAUGCCGGGCGCUGUUCGUCGACCAUCUCAGCGGGCCCGUGUUACAGAUGCUUGGCACGAGGUACAACAUUGAGCCUUUCUACUUCUCUUCUUCACUUGGUUGGAUACCUGCUCGAUAUCAGUCAAACAUUGUUGAUGAAGUUGGCGAUCACAUCAGCGUCACGCUGACGUUCAUACGGCCUGUGAAAGACCAAGACGCGCCAAGUUCCCGUCAGAGCAUCCGCUCUGGUAGCAGCACAAGUGAGCGCGAAAAGCCAAUGAUUGACACACAAGCGCCCCUCCCAUUGUAUUCGAAAGAACUGCUACUCGUUCCCGAUCUCCUCGCUUUGCACAUGGUCCGAUCCAACCAAGGCAAUACCAUCAUUUCUUAUCACCCUAGCCAUGACCAUCGGGCGACCACCGCCCAAGAAUUGCACGAGCGCUUUACGUUAACGGGCCGUUCAGUCUAUUGGAGCACAAUGUUCCAGCAGACGGACGAACCUACUUUGUUGUUCCUGAGCCUCCUGUGGUAUGCCUUGUAUUGCUGGGACGAAGCCUUUGAGGCGUUGUAUUCGCACAUCGGCUUCUUGGAAUCCCAAGUAAUCAUUACCAAUGAGAUGGAUCUGACCCUCGAACUUCAUGAAAUACGUGCACAUCUGCUGUACUACGAAUCUCUUCUCCACGACUUCCGCAAAACCGUUACAUUUGUGCAGCAUGUUUCUCAUCCCGGAUUGGACGAUCCCGCUCGCUACCCUCCAGAUCUCAAAGAAACGUCGCAGCGACUUUUGGAGACAGAAUGCGAGAACCUGCUGCGAGAAAUUGACCGGUUAGAAGACAGCAAGGCACAACAGGAAUGGCGGUUAAGGAACGUUAUGAACUUGGCCUUCAGCAUGGUGAACAUAGAAGAUAGCAAAUCAACACAGUCACUCACUCUUACCGGUAUCAGAGAUAGUGCUGCUGUUCGACAAAUCCAUUACCUCUUCAUGAUCUUCCUGCCCGGGGCCUUUGUUGCUGAGGCGUUCAAGAUGAACAUUACGCAAAUUACCGGCAAGCCUAACAACCCCAAUUUGCAUGACUACGUCGUGACAGCCAUCCCCUUGACGGCCUUGACGAUCUGGUUGAUCAUUGCAUACCAAUUCCAGGUCAAGAUCCCCAGAGUCAACCUCCGCACGCGGAACAAUGAGAAUGAGGCGAGAUCGGAACUUGUGGAUAGGCGAGAUAUCGUCGACGACCGCGCAGGUCCCGGGGAAGUCACUCUUCGAAAGUUUGGACACGGAGAUAAUGUAGAGACUCGAGGGAGUGUCGAGCUUGCAGAGCUAAGGGAUCAUGCCAUUUAA